UCAGUUGCACGCGACACCAAACCUGCCCAUUCCCAUGCGCUCGCCGCGCUUCACUCGUUAAUUCACCAAAGCGACUGGAUUUCGAACAUCUGCAACAAUCUUUUCUAGAAACGCAGAGUAACCCGAGAAACGCGGAUCCUGCGACUUCACUCAAUUCGAAACCUACAACUGACCGAUUGACCAUCGUCGACGGGAAUACAGUCCGACAACUCCGCAAGGGGCUCACAAAUCACGAUGACGGACAAAAAGAACGAAGACUAUGUCGUGCGCAUGUCUGACAAUGCUUACAAGACGGGAGACCGUUCUCCAUUCGGGUCCAUGUCGCCCUCCGGCAAGCCCUACGGUAACGGAUCCGGCGGCUCUACGCUGUCUUCCUCCGUUAGCAAGCUUGACAAUAGUCCAAUGAUCUCUAUUCUAGCUUACUGCGCCUCGUCGAUUAGCAUGACUGUUGUCAACAAAUAUGUGGUUUCGGGGCAGCAUUGGAACGUCAACUUUCUGUACUUGGCCAUCCAGGCCAUGGUUGGCACAGGGGCUAUCACUGCCUGCAAGCAAUUCGGUCUGAUCAAAGCUCUUGCGCCCUUUGAGUCGGAGCGGGCCAAGAAGUGGUUCCCCAUCUCGGUCCUCCUGGUUAGCAUGAUCUACACGGGCGCCAAGGCUUUGCAAUACCUCUCCGUCCCAGUCUAUACUAUUUUCAAGAAUUUGACCAUCAUCGUCAUCGCUUACGGCGAGGUAUUGUGGUUCGGUGGCAGCGUUACCCCGUUGUCGCUUGUCUCCUUUGGACUCAUGGUCGUCAGCUCCGUCGUUGCUGCGUGGGCCGAUAUUCAGAGCGCCAUUGCUGGCGACUUUGGCACCGCCUCUUCUUCGGACGCCGUGUCAACGCUGAACGCUGGCUACGCAUGGAUGGGCAUGAACGUCUUCUGCAGCGCAUCGUACCUUUUGAGUAUGCGCAAGGUCAUCAAAAAGAUGAACUUCAAAGACUGGGAUUCUAUGUACUACAACAAUUUGUUGACGAUUCCCGUCCUCUUGGUACUGGGUCUGCUGACUGAAGACUGGUCCUCCGCGAACUUGGCACGUAACUUUCCCCCAGAGCUUCGUGUACGCAUGGGCGUAGGCAUUGUCUACUCAGGAUUGGCUGCGAUCUUCAUUUCGUAUUGCUCCGCCUGGUGCAUCCGCGUAACAUCUUCAACCACAUAUUCAAUGGUCGGCGCGCUCAACAAGUUGCCCAUUGCAAUCAGUGGACUUAUUUUCUUUUCUGCGCCUGUUACGUUCGGCAGCGUGUCGGCCAUUGCGAUCGGCUUCGUCAGCGGCAUCAUCUAUGCUCUGGCUCGCGUCAAACAGUCGUCCGCUGCGAAAGACUCGCUGCCGAUGACGAGGAUACCAAUGAGCGCCAGCUCCCAGAGCAACAAAGAUGCGAUAUCGUAAGAUACUAGGAACUGGAUGCUGAAAUCAUUGUCUGGCAGAGCGUCGUCGUCGGAGUUCAAGCCAUGGGCGAUGUCACAUAGUCAUAUGAUGGCCUGUCAUCAUCGUGUGAUGGCUGCCAUCCUCAGGCCAGAUGGAGACGCAGAGGCCAUGGGUCCGCCCACCCUUCAUACGCCACAUGCGAUGCGCGGUCCAACUAAUGCGUCUCAAAGUUUUCAUCGCGUUCGCGUCAGGAUUCGGAGCUAUUUCAUCUAUCCGACCAAGACGCAGAUACUUAGAAGGACUGACCACGGGUCACGACGCGCGGGCCUAGGUGGGGAACAAACCGUAAUACUAGGUACUCAAGUAUGAACUGGUAUACCAAGGCAAUGCACGUUUAUUAGGGUCUGUCAAAAAAAAUAACUGGUGACGAAUCCGACGAUUGAACAAGGAAGCACAUGAUGGUGGCCGUAAUCUAGCCUACAAGUAACGUGCACCAAUCGUGUGCGCUC